AUGGCACAGCUCUUACAAUGGACACCUGUACAAGAGAUUAGAAGUGAUACAUCACAGAUCCUGGACGAGACCAUUCCGCUCAUUAAAGACAAGGUGAUGGAAAUGAACCACAUCUAUGCCAAAGUUGAUAAAUUGGAGGCAUUUGUUAAAAUGGUUGCACACCAUGUUUCCCUCCUAGAAGAGCAAGUGCUUGAAGCAGAGAAGAGCCAUGGCACCUUUCUUAAUACUGUUUGCAAAUUAUUUCAGUGUGCAACUAUUUCGUCAUUUAAAAACGCAAUCCCUUCAACUCGUUACCACUUAAGAGGGAUUAUUUGGCUGCACGGACCUUUGAAUGAUGUAGUACAGCUGCUCGUUAAUAACUUUUACACUGUGGUUCUCACUGUAAAUUCUGGCUCUGAAUGA